AUGGAUCAGUGUGAGGACAAAGAAACCACUCUGAGUGGGGAACAGGACCACCAGACCAAAGCUCAGAGGAUCCACCAGCGACCAGACUCUCCUGAACCAGAACCCAGCUGUGUGUCCUUCAAGAGUGACCGGUCUAAGGAGUGGCCUGUAGCCUUCAAAGAUGGACGUCACUCUGUUGAUCAAAGGUGGAAGCUGGAUGAACCAGAACCCGGCUGUGUGUCCAUUAAGAGUGACUGGUCUAAGGAGUGGCCUUUAGCCUUCAAAGAUGGAUGUCCCUCUGUUGAUCAAAGAGAGGACCAGGAGAGCUCAGAGGUUCCCAGUGGUCAGUCUGCUCAGCAGCAUCAAACACACCUGGACUCCGUAUUUAUGCUCCUGGAGGAGAACAUCGUCACUUUUGUGAAGAACGAGCUAAAGAAGAUCCAGAAGAUUGCUAAAGCAGGAAACCAAACCCUUCUGAAUCAGAUGUUCACAGAAAUCUACAUCACAAAGGGAGGGACUUCAGAGGUCAAUGAUGAACAUGAGGUCAGACAGAUUGAAACAGCAUCCAGGAAACAAGACAGACCAGAAACAACCAUCAGACAAGAAGACAUCUUUAAAACCCCACCUGGAAGCAAUCAACCAAUCAGAACAGUGAUGACAAAGGGAGUGGCUGGCAUCGGGAAAACAAUCUUAACACAGAAGUUCACUCUGGACUGGGCUGAAGACAAAGCCAACCAGGACAUACAGUUCAUAUUUCCAUUCACCUUCAGAGAGCUGAAUAUGCUGAAAGAGAGAAAGUACAGCUUGGUGGAACUUGUUGAUUACUUCUUUAGUGAAACCAAAGAAGCAGGAAUCUGCAGGUUUGAAGAGUUCCCGGUUGUCUUCAUCUUUGAUGGUCUGGAUGAGUGUCGACUUCCUCUGGACUUCCUCAACACUAAAAUCCUGACUGAUGUUACAGAGUCCACCUCAGUGGGUGUGCUGCUGACAAACCUCAUCAGGGGGAAUCUGCUUCCCUCAGCUCGCCUCUGGAUGACCACACGACCUGCUGCAGCCAAUCAGAUCCCUCCUGAGUGUGUUGACAUGGUGACAGAGGUCAGAGGGUUCACCGACCCACAAAAGGAGGAGUACUUUAGGAAGAGAUUUAGAGAUGUGAAGCAGGCCAGCAGAAUCAUCUCCCACAUCAAGACAUCACGAAGCCUCCAUAUCAUGUGUCGCAUCCCAGUCUUCUGCUCGAUCACUGCAACAGUUCUGGAGGACAAGUUGAAGACCAGAGAGGGAGGAGAGCUGCCCAAGACCCUGACUGAGAUGUACAUCCACUUCCUGGUGGUUCAGUCCAAAGUGAAGAACAUAAAGUAUGAUGGAGGAGCUGAGACAGAUCCACACUGGAGUCCAGAGACCAAGAAGAUGAUGGAGUCUCUGGGAAAACUGGCUUUUGAGCAGCUGCAGAAAGGCAACCUGAUCUUCUAUGAAUCAGACCUGACAGAGUGUGGCAUCGAUAUCAGAGCAGCCUCAGUGUACUCAGGAGUGUUCACACAGAUCUUUAAAGAGGAGAGUGGACUGUACCAGGACAAGGUGUUCUGCUUCAUCCAUCUGAGUGUUCAGGAGUUUCUGGCUGCUCUUCAUGUCCAUCUGACAUUCACCAAUUCUGGAGUCAACCUGCUGUCAGAAGAACAAACAACCUCCUGGCUGCCUAAAGUCUUCAGAGAAGAACUAAAACAUCUCUACAAGAGAAAAGAAACAACAUCAACACAGUUCUACCAGAGUGCUGUUGACAAGGCCUUACAGAGUCCGAAUGGACACCUGGACUUGUUCCUUCGCUUCCUCCUUGGUCUUUCUCUGCAGACCAAUCAGAAUCUCCUACGAGGUCUGCUGACACAGAGAGGAAGUAGCUCACAGACCAAUCAGGAAACAGUUGAGUACAUCAAGGAGAAGAUCAGUGAGAAUCUUUCUGCAGAGAGAAGCAUCAAUCUGUUCCACUGUCUGAAUGAACUGAAUGAUUGUUCUCUAGUGGAAGAGAUCCAAAUGUACCUGAGAUCAGGAAGUUUCUCCAUAGAUGAUCUGUCUCCUGCUCAGUGGUCAGCUCUGGUCUUCAUCUUACUGUCAUCAGAGAAAGAUCUGGACUUGUUUGACCUAAAAAAAUAUGAUGCUUCAGAGAAAGCUCUUCUGAGGCUACUGCCAGUGGUCAAAGCCUCCAACAAAGCUCUACUGAGUGGCUGUAACCUGUCAGAGAGAAGCUAUGAAGCUCUGUCCUCAGUUCUCAGCUCCCAGUCCUCUAGUCUAAGAGAGCUGGAUCUGAGUAACCACAAUCUGCAGGAUUCAGGAGUGAAGCUGAUCUCUGUUGGACUGAGGAGUCCACACUGCACACUGGAGACUCUCAGACUGAGUGGCUGUAAUCUGUCAGAGAGAAGCUGUGAAGCUCUGUCCUCAGUUCUCAGCUCCCGGUCCUCUAGUCUGAGAGAGCUGGACCUGAGUAGCAACAACCUGCAGGAUUCAGGAGGGAAGCUGAUCUCUGUUGGACUGAAGAGUCCACACUGCACACUGGAGACUCUCAGACUGAGUGGCUGUAAUCUGUCAGAGAGAAGCUGUGAAGCUCUGUCCUCAGUUCUCAGCUCCCAGUCCUUUAGUCUGAGAGAGCUGGACCUGAGUAACAACAACCUGCAGGAUUCAGGAGGGAAGCUGAUCUCUGUUGGACUGAAGAGUCCACACUGCACCCUGGAGACUCUCAGACUGAGUGGCUGUAACCUGUCAGAGAGAAGCUGUGAAGCUCUGUCCUCAGUUCUCAGCUCCCAGUCCUCUAGUCUGAGAGAGCUGGACCUGAGUAACAACAACCUGCAGGAUUCAGGAGCGAAGCUGAUCUCUGUUGGACUGAAGAGUCCGCAGUGCACACUGGAGACUCUCAGACUGUCAGGCUGUCUGAUCUCAGAGGAAGGCUGUUCUUCUCUGGUCUCAGCUCUGAGCUCCAACCCCACCCAUCUGAGAGUGCUGGACCUGAGCUACAAUCAUCCAGGAGACUCGGGAGUGAAGCUACUUUCAGCGGGACUGGCGGAUCCUCUCUGGAGACUGGACACUCUCAGUGUUAACAGUCACAGUCCAAACUCCACUAUGGCCAAGACCAAAGAGCUGUCAAAGGACACCAGAAACAAAAUUGUAGCCCUGCACCAGGCUGGGAAGAUUGAAUCUGCAAUAGGGCUGUCUGCAGUCAUUAAGGAAGUGGCUGUACUACAGCUCGACACAAACACAGUGAACAGAAAACUCAAACUGUCUGACAACAACAGGAAGGUGACACAUGUAGAGGAGGAGGCAGCGAUGGGUUUGGUGGACGACAGGUUUUACAACUGGUAUCAGCUGCUGUGUAGAGAUGGUCUGACUGGUCGCUGUUACUGGGAGGUUGAGAGGAGAGGAGAUGUUAAUAUAUCAGUGAGUUACAGAGGAAUCAGGAGGAGAGGAGACUGGGAUGACUGUUUGUUUGGAGGGAAUGAUCAGUCCUGGAGUCUGAUCUGCUAUGAUAAUGGUGAUGGUCGUUACACUGUCUGUCACAAUAACAUACCAACACCCAUCUCCUCUGUCUCUGAUAGAGUAGCAGUGUAUGUGGACUGGCCGGCUGGCUCUCUGUCCUUCUACACAUUCUCCUCUGACUCACUGAUCCACCUCCACACCUUUAACACCACAUUCACUCAGCCUCUUUAUCCUGGGUUUGGGUUCUGGCCUGGUCCUGGUUCCUCAGUGUCUCUGUGUCCUCUGGAGGACGGAGAGUCUCCUCCUGUUUCUCACUGCUGAUCACUUGAGUCUGUACAGGAUCACACUUACAGAAAUAUUUCAGGUUAUUGUUAUGAACUAAUGAAUUAGCUUUUUAUAAAAUAAUCCAGAAUGAUUGAACAGAUUCCUGGUGAACAUUGUAAACUUCUUCCACUUCCAGUCCUUUAAAGAUGGAAGCUGUGAUCAUCAAAUUGUGGAAAUGCUGUU